UCAUUCUCAUUGAAUUGUCAAAUUACAAGAGACCGCACGUGUUUAAGUGCAACGCAUAGUAAAUAAUAUCUGUUUUGUUUUUUGAGAAGUGGUGGAAUAAUUUCAGCAAAAUGUCUGACAAAUAUGCGGUACCUAAUAAAUUACCUGGUAAAACAGUUUCGGUGUUGGCGCACCGUAAACGCCGUAUAUUGCAGGACAAGGCUACAAUUGAGCAGAAGAAAAAUGAGAAAACUAAACGCAUUGCAAAACAGCGUUCACAUCAUAAAUUUCGCCGUGCUGAAUCAUUUGUUAUGGCUCACAUCAAAGCGGAGCGAACUGGCCGACGUAUAAAACAAAUGAUGCUACGUAAGAACAUACUGGAGCUUAACCCUGAAGAAAAGGGCACAGAAAAAUUGUUGUUAGUUAUGCGACAUGCUGGUAAGAAAAUUUUUGAUGAAACUACAAACAAAAUCUUUAAGACUUUAAAUAUGCCAAAACGACACAAUGCAAUUUUUUUAAAAAAUAAUGCUGAAAGUCGUGUUUUGUUAAAAGUAAUUGAACCUUUUGUUGUAUAUGGUUAUCCUACACUUACCAUCAUACGAGAGUUACUAUUCAAAAAAGGAUUUGCCCGCGUUAAUGGCAAAAAAACAGCAAUACAAUCUAACACAAUGAUCGAAGAGCAAUUGGGAGAAAAGGGAAUCGUGUGUUUGGAGGAUAUUAUACAUGAAAUAUAUACAGUUGGUCCAAACUUUGAAGCGAUAAAGCAUUUCUUGUGCUCUUUUCUACUAUCUAAUCCUCGAGAUGGUUGGCAAAAGAAAGUAUCAGUGUCUUUUAAACGUGGUGGAGAAUAUGGAUGUCGUGAUCAUAAUAUUAAUGAACUUAUAGCUCGUUGCUUGUAAAUGUAUUUUUAAAUACAGAAUAAAAAUUAAGUUAAAAUGAAACUUGUUAUAGUUAAGAAAUUUAUAUAUAAGUUUAAAGAAGAAUGUAAUUAUGAAACGAUAUAUAGUAACGUUUCACAGACGUUAAAGCUAUAUAAGUAAAAUAUAAAAUAUAAGUA